UUGUGAACUAACUUCUCAAAAUAAUAGUACAACACGUGCGAAUGAUAACUUUUAAAAUACAAUUUUUUUUUUGGUAUUUUAAAAUAUAAAAUAGUGCCGUUUUAUACAAAAAUCAUAUAAUAUUGUUUAAAUAAAAAUCUCCAAAACAGUGAAAAAAAAUUGUUCAAAAAAGUGCUUUUUUUUUAGAAGAAAUACUCAAAUUAACGAACCUAACCUAAAAAAAAAAAAAUUGUGCCACUACAAUAAUAAUCAUAUUUAAUGCAAAAAUAAAAAGAAUAAAUUGAAAUAAUUCGCCAAAAAAAUGACUGAUUCCGAAAGUGAAGAUAUUGGAAAAAUUAAUGGACCAGUGGAAAAUGCAUGGUCAUUAAAAGUACCAACAUUUAAAGCAGAGGACAAUCCAAAUCGUCUACUGGAGGAAAGUUCAUUUGCAACACUUUUUCCAAAAUAUCGUGAACAUUAUUUAAAGCAAUGUUGGCCAUUAGUGCAAAAAGCACUCAAUGAACAUUGUAUUAAAGCUGAAUUGGAUCUUAUUGAAGGUAGCAUGACUGUACGAACAACGAGAAAAACAUGGGAUCCCUAUAUUAUUGUAAAAGGUCGUGACAUGAUAAAAUUAAUAGCACGUUCUGUGCCCUUUGAACAGGCUGUUAAAGUUUUACAAGAUGAUCGUGGUUCGGAUAUUAUUAAAAUUUCCUCUUUAGUUAGAAAUAAAGAGAAAUUUGUUAAAAGACGACAAAGACUCAUUGGACCAAAUGGAUGUACAUUGAAGUCUAUUGAAUUACUCACUGAUUGUUAUGUUCUUGUUCAGGGUAACACCGUUUCUGCUGUUGGUCCAUACAAGGGCCUACAACAGGUGAGACGUAUCGUUGAGGACAAUAUGAAAAAUGUUGUUCAUCCAAUUUAUAAUAUAAAGGCUCUAUUCAUUAAACGGGAAUUAUCAAAGAAUCCAACGUUAAAGAAUGAAAAUUGGGAGAAAUAUUUACCGAAAUUCACCACAAAAAAUAUUAGUAAACGAAAGCAACCAAAGAAUAAGAAAAUUAAAAAACCAUAUACACCAUUCCCACCAGCUCAGGAGGAGAGAACAGUUGAUAAACAAUUGGCAUCUGGAGAAUAUUUCCUUACAAAAGAACAAAAACGCGCUAGAGCCAAGAAACAAUUGGAUAAAAAGCAUGAGGAAGCAACGAAAAAACGUGAGGAGAAACGUGCCGAAGCAUUUGUACCACCAGAUGAAAUUUCCAAAAUAACAGAGCAAAAGAAAAAUGACUUUAAUGUUAAUCAAUUUAGAGAUAAAGUUAAAAAAAGUUUUAAAAAACAUAAAAAGUCGUGAUAUAAUAGGGAUAAAAGUUUGCAUUAUAAGUAUUUAUGUAUAAAAAAAAAAAUAAUUACACUUUUAUAUCGUUGAUGUAUGAAUUAAUGAAUAAAUUCAUUUUUUCUAUUA